GCGACGCGGGUGCUUGCGUCACUGGCACACAACAAUACACAUGGGGCUUCACCGUUACACUAAUCACCUCUCUUGCUAUUGGCUCACGUUACAUGAACCGUAAAGAGCUUUCAUUUCGCCUUCACUGCGUGUUGUCCCGCCAAGAAGCUGAAAACUGCGCUCAUCUACACUUGCUCCUUCCCUAACUUUCUCUCUCCUAACCAGCAACCCCACACUCGUUUUCCUCGUUGGCUCCACAUUCGUUCGAAUCCACCACGCUCUCUCCACGAUAUACUUCGCCUUGCGCGCAUUCAGUCUCUCUCACCAACAUGAACACUGUUCGCACGCUCGCUCUCGCCGCAUUCGCUUGAGCUGGCGCCGCCGCCGAAGCCAUGUACGCUGGCAUUGCUCAGGGCGAAGUCAUCGAAAUGCUGCCCAAGGUCGCCCGCGACGACACCUGCGCUGAGCUUCCAAGACUCUGCACUGCACCAGCUAUCAUGUACGGCUACCCUACGACCGUCACGUAUGCAUGCCCGGAGACUACUACCUCCCGCGAGCGCUCUACCGUGCACGUCACCAUCACCAAGACCACCACAGUGACGCCUUCGUCUGAGGCUGCGGUCACUGACGCCCCUACUGCUCCUGCGGUCGCUCCUGCUCCCUCUGUGACCGAGGAGCCCGACACCACGACUACUAUCCACUCUACCUUGACCGAGUACAAGACGAUCACCGUUAUCUCUGGUACUCCCGGCAGCGCACAUACUCCCCCUGUCGCCGUCUCCAUCACCGGCUACCUCUCUGCGACCAUUCCUACAGAACUCUCGUCUGUCGUUCCCACCGAGACAGAGACUGACCCUGUGUACACCGUCCAGACCUCCACCAGUCUGGCAGUGACAUCCACCUCUGGCUAUGACUUCCCCACCAUAACGCCACCCGUUGUCAACGGCACUACGACUGGUAUCUUCUACUCCGCCUCUGCCGCCAACUCCACGCUCGUUCAGCCCACGCCCUUCUUCCCAAACACUACGUCGGCUCAUUCUCACUACGUGGCACCAACCGCGAGCUACGUCAACAGGGCUCCUGAGGAGGUCACCAACGGCGCCGGAAAGCUCGGCGCUUCUGCCACUACUUUCGCCAUUGGCAUUGUGGCUGCCAUCUUCGCUGCUUAAGCGCUUUCAAGUAUAUAUGUACAGCUGCGUACGGGGAACACCUCAACGCUUCGACAUAUGAGAUCUUGAGCACCAUCUUGGAGGGUCGAAAUACGGUAUGAUUUGUGGCGUCUUCCUUAUGGAUGUGAGCUGCAAUCUGGAAUGUACAAUAUUACGACGAUGACGACUGGCGUCCAUCCGUCGGCGUACAUGGAUUACAGUGCUAGUCACACAGGGAACCGAUAUACAAAAAACACAUAACAUGAUGCACUGCC